AUGAUAAAAACAUUAGAAAAUAAUUUUUCUCAAAAUCUCAAUUAUGAUCAUAUACUUCUUCUUAGUACAUGUUCAUUAUAUCUUAAAUGGUAUCCAGCUAAUCGUGAUAUAGAUCUUUUUCUUCAAAUACCACGAAUAUUAUUGAGCCCAUUUACUCAAUGGAUAAUAAGUUGUCCUUCAAAUUCAAUAAUUUAUUGUUCUAAAGAUAUUGGAAAAAUAUUACGUCAUUUAAAUCAUAUACUUGUUCGUCCAAUUGAAUGGGAAAAUGUCAAUAUUUCAAAUCAAGAAUUUUAUAAUGAUUAUUGUAAAUUAGUUUCUCAUUGGUCAUCAUUUUUAUCAUCAAUACUUAAUUAUUCAUCAGAUGAUUCGAAUAUUAUUUUAAUAAAAAGAUUUAUUGUUCAACAUUUAUACGAUUUUACAUUACAUACAAAUCUAUUAAAUUUUAUGAAAACUAUACCAAAUUUAAUUCCAAUGCUACUUCAAAUGACCGAUGUUCAACAGGAUGAAACACAAUUGAAUAUUUAUCGUUGUUUAGGUAAAUUAAUGAGUGAAGCAGAUAUCAAAACCAUCGCAAGUCCAAGUAAGAUUACGAAUGUUCACGUUAAAUUUCUUACAAAUACCAUUGAUGAUUCCAAGAAAAAAGAACGAUUUUAUGGUAUAUUACAGAGUUUGAAAAACUUUGUACAGCAUGAUCAAGUCAAAAUCGAAUUAAUAAAACAAAAUGCACUACCAUUACUUAUACGAUGUAUAAUUGAAACUGACUUUGAUCUGAUUAGAGUCAAAGGAAUAGUUCUCGAAAUUCUUCUUGCACUUUCAUUUAAUAAUGAUGCUUCAUUGAUUUUAAGACAGAAUAAAAAUUUUAUGACAAGCAUUCGAAAUCUUGUUGAUAAUACUAAAUCAAAUAAAUCAAAUAUACAACGAGCUGUUGAAGCUCUUUUAUGGAAAUUAGAAAAAGAAACUGAAGCUGUUACUAAAUUGACUAAUUCAAAAUUGUAUAAAUAUGAUAUUAUGAUAAGUUAUUCACAUAGUGAUCAACAAUUAUGUUAUCAAAUUCAUGAACGACUUGUUCAAGAUGGAUUUAGUGUUUGGAUCGAUCGUGAUAAUAUGCAUGGAGCUACAAUGAUUGCUAUGGCAGAAGCUAUUGAAAAUUCUGAAGUUGUUCUCAUAUGUAUGUCGGAUGCAUAUAAACAAAGUGUUUAUUGUCAAUCGGAAGCACAUUAUGCAUUUGAACGACGUUGUCAUUUGAUACCACUUAUUAUGAAAUCUUAUUAUAAACCUGAUGGAUGGCUUGGUAUUAUCGUAAGUGGUAAAAUUUAUGUAGAUUUUGUCAAACUCGAAUUUGUAUUGGCUUAUGAGAAGUUAAAAAAAGAAAUUAAUCAAUAUCAUAAACUAAAUAGGAGUUAUUCGAUGGUGAAAUCAAAAGAAAACAAUCAUCAAGAUACAUCGUCUACCGUUUCUAAACCCAGUGAAGAAGCUUCGGCACUAAUUCGAAGACGUUCGAUAGCCGAAUUACCUCCUUGUAUUACUCAAUGGACUAAUCAAGACGUUAAAUCAUUUUUUCUAACAAAUGGACUUGAUAAUACUUUACUUCUUCUAUGUACACGACUGGACGGUCAUCGACUUUUACAACUCUAUGAAAUUUGUAUGAUCAAUCGUGAGUCUAUGUAUCAAUCAUUGAAAGGUGAAUUGGCCAAUAUACAUCACAGAACAUUACCAAUUAGUGAUUAUCUUACUUUUCUUCAUGAGAUUAAACGUUAUAUUCCAUUAACAGAUGCAAUUUCUCAAUCUACAUCAUCACCUUUAUCUUCUCCUACAAUGUGCAAACUAAUGUAA